AUGGCGGAAAUCUUAGAUAUAAAAAAAUCGAUUAUUUUUGAUGAGUCUAUUGCACACUAUGAAGUCCAUUCACACAUGCCAUACGCAUCAUCGACAUUCAACAACAGUGAUGAAAUCAGGAUUGCUGUUCAACAUCAAGAUCUGUGCUUGCUACCAAGCAAGAGCACAUUACAUUUUUAUGGAAGAAUGAGAAAAGCUGAUGGUACUGCUGUAAGUGCUACUACAAAGAUGAUCAACAUGGCUGUCUGUCAUAUGUUUGAAGAGAUACGUUAUGAGCUCAAUGGUGUAGAAAUUGACAGAUGUAAGAAUGUUGGUAUUACCAGUGUUAUGAAAGGAUACGCUUCUCUGAGUCCAGGACAGCAAAAUAUUCUGGAAAAUGCUGGUUGGAUUGUUAAUGAAGAUAGUAACAAGUUGACUAGUGCUAAUGGUUACUUUGAUGUCUCAGUACCGCUGAGUUUUAUCCUCGGAUUUGCUGAAGAUUAUCAACGAGUUAUUGUGAAUGCUAAGCAUGAAUUGAUACUAAUCAGAUCAAAUACUGAUCAAAAUGCUUAUGUUGUUACCGCUGCGGAUGAAAAUGUUACAAUUACGAUUCAAAAAAUUGAGUGGAUUGUGCCGUAUAUAACAAUGUCUAACAAGCAAAAAAUUGAGGUGUUGAAUUAUAUAACCUCCGAUCCAGCUAUCUCAAUCAGUUUCCGGACUUGGGAAUUGUAUGAGUAUCCACUGCUACCAGCUACAACCAAUCACAUUUGGGUAAUCAAAACAACAAAUCAACUCGAGAAACCUCGUUUUGUUAUCGUUGGAUUUCAAACAGCGAGAAAGAAUCAGUCAAAUCAAAAUGCAAGCGAGUUUGACCAUUGCAGCAUAAGAGACAUUAAGCUCAUCUUGAACUCUCAGAGUUAUCCAUAUGGAAAUUUGAACCUCAACAUUACGAAUAAUCA